AUGAACGUUUUGUGGGAUUUAUGUCUGAUCCUAUGGAUUGGGUCAUCUAUCGCUACUAUAACGACUUCAGGAAGAAGGAUGUGUACAACGGUAAGGGCAAAUAAUAGAGCCAGGCAAAAUAUUCAAACGAGCGACCGAGGUGUUCCGAAUGCUCCAACUACAGUACCUUCCGGGUUGGUUCUUGACCUUGAAAAGCCAGAUGAUAAGCUGUACCAGUCCUUUGACUAUGACACAGAUGGAAUUCCUACGAGAUUCAUUGUGCCAAAGGAUGAUAAUGUAAUAACUUCAGUCAAGGAAGGUUCUUUAGAAGUAUGGAAAGCUUCUGGAGAUAAUGUCGCAUGCGCAUUUGUAACUCUUCGUCUGAGCGACGGCAAACCUGUAAUUGCACAACUAACUAAAAAUACCAAUGGAAAUCCAAUGGUUAUAUUUGUAAAGAAAGAUGGUACAUGGAAGGUAACAGACGACUACAAGGGUGAACUCAAUAAGCUCAGAAGAACUACAGAGUCUGUAGAAAACUUUACUCUUGAUCUUUCUGCUAACCAGGAUACUCCAAACUGCAGAAUCUUUGAUACCAAGCUUUAUGGAGUCCCAGUCCGUUUUUAUGCCCCUAAAUUUGGCUUUCAUGCUACAAAAAUGUCCUUUGGAGGAACUGAGCUCUGGACAAAUGCUCCUGAAUCGAAUAAGAGAAUCUUCCUUUUGAUAGCUGGGUUGGGUAAUGGAGAACUGAAGACCAUUAAUGCAUUCAUAAGGGAUCCAAACAAUGGCUCUGAGUUGUUAUAUUACGGAUUUAAAGAUGGAAAGUGGGAGAAUAUCAGUAAGGAUGAAUAUAACAAGAAGUUUGAGGGGUUGAAGAAAUAG